GGGGCAACAUCCGCUCCAAACAUUCCCGCGAAUUUCUGCCGGUAACAACGGCUCCGUGCGGUGCUGAGCUGGACCCGCACUAACAACAUGGAGCCUGGGGCCCCGGACAUCAGGAACAUGUCUACCGCGGAGAUCCUGAGAGGGAUCGUCGCAGAGAAACUGACAACAGCCGCGCAGGAAAUCGUAGCGGUCGUGGAGAGAACCGUAGCCGGGUACGAGGAGGAGGCUUCGGGUCUGAGGCAGGAGAUCGACCGGCAGAGGAGGCAGCUGGAGGCGGUGCUGCAGCUUGAGAUCAAACUAGAGCCAGCAGAUGACCAGUUUCCUGUCUGUGGGCCGGCUGCUGGAGGAGGUCAAGUCCCUGCAGAGGAGGCGCAGCAUAAAAAUUACCAGAGUGUGGGAGACAGUGGGAGCAUGGGUCUCCAGUGCUACACUGAGGCACACAUGGAGGAAGAUGAGGAGGAGGAUCAGGAUCAGGAACAUCUCUCAGAACCGGAUAAUGAAGAAGCUUCAAGGUCAUUGACUCCCACACUUCAGUCUGACAGGAGGGCUGGCAGACCUCAGAUAAGUGAAUCACAGGACCACGUAGACCUCAGGAUCUGCAUCCUGGAGGACUCUCGGAUCAAAGUGCUCUCAGUCCACAUGUAUCAGAAGUACCCGGUGCAUGAGAUGAGAUGUCCUCGUGGCCUGCAGGAGGCGGACUUCCUGGACCUGCUGAGGUCGACCUUCCCUCAGCUGGCCGCUCAUAAACCUUUUGAUGUCUUCAUAUGUCAAAAAAACAAAAAACUCCAGCCUCUGAAAGUAAAGACGCUGACACCAGAGGAGAUCUGCCAGAGCACCAGUUUUACUGGUAGAUCAGCCAUCUACAUCCGCCUGAAGAGCACGUCAUUUGAGAACCAAGCUGAGGAACUAACGUCCACUGAUGAAGAGUUUCAUCCAUCACAUAGAAACGAUGUUGCUGCUCAUUCUCCAUCCACUCCUGAUCAAACCAGUUUAUUGUCGCCUAGAGUUCAGUCUAACAGGAGUAGAUCCAGCAGACCUCAGAUCAAUGUACCCCAGAACCUCAUAGGUCUCAGGAUCUGCAUCCUGGACUCUCAUAUCGAUGUACUUUCAUCCAGAGUAUAUAAGAAGUACCCGGUGCUGCUGCUGCAGUGUCCUGGUGGCCUGCAGGAGGCGGAUUUCCUGGACCUGUUGAGGUCCACCUUCCCUCAGCUGGUUGCUCAGAAAGAUUUUGACUUUUUCACAACUGAUUUGAAGAAGAAACUCCAGCCUCUGAAAGUAAAGACGCUGACACCAGAGGAGAUUUUCAGGAGCAUCAGUUCCACUGGGCGUUCAGCUCUCUACAUUCGCCUGAAGAACACGUCACUUGAGUACCAAGCUGAGGAACUAAAGUCCACUGAUGAAGAGUUUCAUCCAUCACAGAGAAACGAUGCUGCUGCUGAUUCUCCGUCCUCUCCUGAUCAAACUAGUUUAUUGUUUCCCCGGGUUCAGUCUGACAGGAGUAGGUCCAGCAUUCCUUGGAUCAGUGAACCACAGAACCACGUAGAUCUCAGGAUCUGCAUCCUGGACUCUCGGAUCGAUGUGCUUUCAACCAAAGUGUAUAGGAAGUACCCAGUGAUGGAGUUGCAGUGUCGUGGUGGCCUGCAGGAGGCAGACUUUCUGGACCUACUGAGAUCAACCUUCCCUCAGCUGGCUGCUCAGAAAGAUUUUGACUUCUUCACAGCUGAUUUGAAGAAGAAACUCCGGCCUUUGAAAGUAAAGACACUGACACCAGAGGAGAUCUGGAGGAUCGUCGGUUCCACUGGGAGUUCAGCUGUAUACAUCCGACCCAAGAACACGUCAUUUGGGAAACAAGCUGAGGAACUAAUGUCCACUGAUGAAGAGUUUCAUCCAUCACAGAAAAACGAUGCUGCUGCGGAUUCUCCAUCCACUCCUGAUCAAACCAGUUUGUUGUUGCCCAGAGUUCAGUCUGACAGGAAAAGGUCCAGCAAACCUCAGAUCAAUGAACCCCCGAACCACGUAGAUCUCAGGAUCUGCAUCCUGGACUCAGAGAUCAAUGUGCUCUCAAUUAACGUGUAUAAGAAGUAUCCAGUGCAGCGAGUGCAGUGUCCUGGUGGUCUGCAUGAAGCGGAUUUUCUGGACCUACUGAGAUCCACCUUCCCUAAGCUGGCUGAUCAGAAAGAUUUUGACUUCUUCACAACUGACAGGAAGAAGAAACUUGAGCCUCUGAAAGUAGAGACGCUGACACCAAAGGAGAUCUGGAGGACCAUCAGUUCCACUGGGUAUUCAGCCCUCUACAUCCGCCUGAAGCAGUCUGAGGAAGUCCAGGCCAGAGUGAAAGAGCCACAGACAAAAGGUGCUGCGUUCAAAGUUCAGCUUCACAGGAGAAGGUCACGCAUACGUCGGUCCAGUGAACUACAGAACCACAUCGAUCUCAGGAUCUGCAUUGUGGAGGACCCUCAGCUCGAAGCGCUCUCAGCCAGAGUAUAUAAGAAGUACCCGGUGCUGCUGCUGCAGUGUCCUCGUGGCCUACAGGAGGCGGACUUCCUGGACCUGCUGAGGUCCACCUUCCCUCAGCUGGCUGGUCAGAAACAUUUUGACUUCUUCACAACUGAUUUGAAGAAAAGACUCCAUCAUCUGAAAGUAAAGAUACUGACACCAGAGGAGAUCUGCAGCACUAUCAGUUCCACUGGGCAUUCAGCCCUCUACAUUCGCCUGAAGCCUCCUACGCAAGUCAAGGCCAGAGAGAAAGUGCCAGAGAGAAAAGAUGCUGCUACAGAUUCUCCGUCCACAGAUCAAACCAGCCUGAACACAAGAGAUCAGUCUGACAGCAGUAGGUCUGGCAGACCUCAGGUCAGUGAACCACAGAAACACGUAGAUCUUAGGAUCUGCGUCCUGGAGGACUCGCAGCUCGAUGUGCUCUCAACCAGAGUGUAUAGGAAGUACCCGGUGCUGGAGCUGCAGUUUCCUGGUGGCCUUCAGGAGUUGGACUUCCUGGACCUGCUGAGGUCCACCUUCCCUCAGCUGGCUGCUCAGAAACACUUUGACUUCUUCACAACUGAUUUGAAGAAGAAACUCCAGCCUCUGAAAGUAGAGAUGCUGACGCCAGAGGAGAUCAGCAGGAGCAUCCGGCAUUCAGCCCUCUACAUCCGACUGAAGGCACAAGAGGAAGUCCGGUCCAAUAAGGAAGAGCUUCGUCAUGCUGAUGCUGCUAAAGAUUCUUCAUCUACUGAUCAAACCAGCCUGAACACAAGCAGCUCAAGGCAUGAAGACCAUGAAGACAUGGAAACAGAGGACACUGAUGAAGAUGGUGGAAGAUCAGAGUCAGCUGGCCUACCGGUUCUCUCUGAGGGCGCAGGGGACGGAGAUGAUCUGAGUGACGACGACCGGAAACAAGACACAAGUGAGAAACAUCUGAGGGAGAGUGAACCUGAGAAGACGACUAGGAAGAAACGAGUCAAAACAAAGAGAAGGAAACGGAUGAAGGCGUCGACUGAUAAGAGUGACGCUUUUCUGUCCUGUAAAGUCUGCCGAGCUCCGCGCACCUCAAGGAACAUGUUGAUUAAACACGCCUGGCGUCAUGUGGACGAUCCAGAAAGGCUCUGUGGAGUGUGUGGAGAACAAGCAGAGUCUGUAGAGGAGCUGAGGGAGUCACCUUCAAAGUCACCAGAAAACACACCGCUGCAACGUCUGUGGAAAGUCUUUCCUCUCCACCCACGGCCUCUCCGGACACGUCGCUCGACACAAAGGGAAGAAACCGUACGAAUGUAA